GAAAAAAGAAAAUAAAGUGACUCACUUUUUUUAACUUCCCCUAAAUGGGAAUAUAAUGGCCUUGGGCUCGGACAAGACCAACCUCGUAUCCAAAACCUACCUCAGAAUCUUUCUAUUUACUUAUCCAAACAAGUUGUCUUGCAUAAAAAUGCGUGCUUUAACAAAGCCGUUAACUCUGAACAACCAAACUUGGGUAUCAUCAUCCAUGUCCAUAUUUGUCAAGACCAGUUACUGUCAGCAGGUUUCUUCAACCGCCAUGGCAGCAAUGUGCUCAAGCUUUUUCCCUCAGCUUACCACCCGCUUUAAUGGGAGACCCAUUUACUCUUUUCCUGCAAAAUCUCAUUUUUCUGGUUCUUUUAAGGCUUUUUCUUCGCAAGCUUCUAAUGCUUCAUCUCAAGAUAAAUUGCCAGCAAACGUGGGUUUUCUUGGUAUUGGAAUAAUGGGUUCUCCAAUGGCACAGAAUCUUAUAAAAUCUGGAUGUGAUGUGACUGUUUGGAACAGAACCAAGAGCAAAUGCGAUCCUCUCAUCAGCUUAGGUGCAAAAUAUAAAUCAUCUCCUGAAGAAGUAGCUGCAUCUUGUGAUGUAACCUUUGCCAUGCUUUCUGAUCCUGAAAGUGCAGUCGAUGUUGCUUGUGGGAAACACGGUGCUGUUAGCGGCAUGAGUUCAGGAAAAGGGUAUGUGGAUGUUUCAACUGUUGAUGGGGAAACUUCAAAAUAUAUUGGUCAACAAAUUAAAGCUACUGGCGCCUUGUUUCUGGAGGCCCCAGUUUCUGGUUCAAAGAAGCCAGCAGAAGAUGGUCAGCUGAUAUUUCUUACUGCAGGGGAUAAAUCACUUUAUGAAACAGUUGCACCAUUCUUAGACAUCAUGGGGAAGUCAAGAUUCUACCUUGGGGAUAUCGGGAACGGGGCUGCUAUGAAACUUGUUGUCAAUAUGAUCAUGGGAAGUAUGAUGGCAUCAUUUUCUGAAGGAUUGCUUCUCAGUGAGAAAGUAGGACUAGACCCGAGCGUACUAGUUGAGGUGAUCUCACAAGGUGCCAUAAGUGCACCGAUGUACUCGAUGAAAGGCCCAUCAAUGAUUCAAUCCCUUUAUCCUACUGCAUUUCCCUUGAAGCAUCAGCAAAAGGACAUGAGACUUGCUCUAGGAUUAGCCGAAUCUGUUUCCCAAUCCACUCCCAUUGCAGCAGCUGCAAAUGAAAUGUACAAAGUAGCAAAAUCUCAUGGCCUCAGUGACCAAGAUUUUUCAGCAGUUAUUGAAGCUUUGAAAGGAAAGUUGCAGCAGUGAGAAAAGCAGUUGAGUUUCUCAUCGAUCGGAUCAUGAUCUGCAAUCCAGAGCGAGUCACACGAGACGUGAUUCAGUUAAUGGAGAAUUGAAACUCAUCCUCAAAGAUUUAUUUUUCCCUGUCCCCUCCCCACUGAGUGAUUCCGCCUCAAGAGUAGUUGAAGACAGUUGAUGUGGUUCAUUGUAAUAGCCACAAUCUAUAUUAUUACUUUUAAGAAUUUUUUUGUUUCUUUUAAUUUUCCCAUUUUGAAAAUAAUAUAUACUAAAAUAAAUAACUUUUAAGUUUGCAUCAAGUCACAGCAAUGAAAUUAAGCCAUGUUAAUUUGACAAUUGAGAA